AGUCACAAGUUUUAGCAUCGGCUUGUCACUCCUUUUGAGUUCUCUGGGCGUUCCUCCUUCAUUUAAAGAAGUCGGCUUCUUAUUUAUUUUACUCCAUAAAGAACGAUUACACGGGGUAUAAUUGGUAUCAUUAUUAGUCAGCCUGAUUCGCCAUGCAGAACAACCAGAAAGAACAUCUUUACAAAAUUUUGGUAAUCGGUGAUUUAGGAGUGGGAAAGACGAGCAUAAUUAAGCGUUAUGUUCACCAAAACUACUCUCAGAAUUACAGGGCAACCAUUGGAGUAGACUUUGCUUUAAAAGUUUUGAAUUGGGACACUGACACUGUUGUCAGACUCCAGCUGUGGGACAUAGCAGGUCAAGAACGUUUUGGAAAUAUGACUCGAGUUUAUUACCGGGAGGCCAUGGGAGCAUUCAUCGUCUUUGAUGUUUCCAGGCUGUCAACAUUUGACGCAGUGACGAAAUGGAAAGAGGAUUUAGACUCAAAACUGACUCUUUCAAACGGCAAGCCCAUCUCUGCUGUGCUCCUGGCAAACAAAUGUGAUCAGGGAAGGGAGGUGUUCAUGAACAACGGCAUCAAAAUGGACCAGUUCUGCAAAGACAAUGGGUUUGUUGGCUGGUUUGAAACAUCUGCAAAGGACAAUGUAAACAUUGAUGAAGCAGCCAACUGCCUUGUGAAACAUAUAUUUGCCAACGAAAGCGACCUAAUGCAGUCUGAGGUUCCAGACACCGUGUCUCCACAGCUAAACUCUACAAAAAACACCAGUUGCUCUGCAUGCUUUAAAUCCUAGGACUGCUCUGAACUACUGAAAUGGAAAUCUGUGGCAUUGUGUGAGUGGGUGUUUGUGUGUGUGUCUGCCUACCAAAUGGGAUCUUGAGCUCUCAGUAUUACAAAAAGGUUUUUUUUGUUUGUUUUUUGUCCAUAUCUUGUAUGUGCAUUAUUGAUAAAUGAAGAAAGGGUUCUGCUACAGCCCUAAACAUUACUAAACCAAAGGAUAUGUUCACCUUACCUAUGAGUCUCUUAAGCAGAUUGUAAUAUUGGCACUGUAAACCCAUAAUCCUACUCUACUGUAGAGCUUUUCCUACUGUAUUUCUGUUACAUUCAGUAAUGUGACUAAGGGGCCAAUAAAUCACCCUUGGAGGAAAGUUGCUGCAGGAUUAAUAUGGAGCUAAAGGGUGGAGGUGAAAGGGUUCCUUUGAGAAUCUUUCAAAAUACAUCUCUGUUUACACUUCAACAAACAGAACACAUAUCUGCACACGACUUUAAUACUCCCUCUGAGAGGCCUUCCGAGUAUCAAAGCAGUUGCCUGGAUUUUCAAAUGGCUAUUAAAUAUUCACUCAGAGCCUCACUGUUUACAGGCAAUAAACAUGUACAGUUAUAUUUGACAGCGUUGAGGUUCAAUUCUUUCAUAAGAAAAUAAAUUAAAACUUAAAAAAAAAAUGUCUCAUCAUUCCGAAGGCUAGAACAAAAACAAGUCUAGCGAUACCAAAAUGCAACUUCUAAAGUUGCAUUUUUCUAAAGUCUUCUAGGAGGCUGUGUGGUCCAGUGGUUAAAGAAAAGGGUUUGUAACCAGGAGGUCCCUGGUUUAAAUCCCACCUCAGCCAUGGACUCAUUGUGUGACCCUGAGCAAGUCACUUUACCUCCUAGUGCUCCGUCUUUCAGGUGAGACAUAGUUGUAAGUGACUCUGCAGCUGAUGCAUAGUUCACAGACCCUAAUCUCUGUAAGUCGCCUUGGAUAAAGGCGUCUGCUAAAUAAACAAAUAAUAAUAAUAAAGUGUGUUAUUUAGUGAGUAUACCAAGGAAAUACCUAUAAAAGAGUAAAAAGGUGAAGUGUCAUGUACGAUUUUAAAAAUAGCUGUGAACAUGGUGCCAUUCCAUUGUGAAAGCAUCAGGUCUUGGGUAAAACACUGCUGAUACUGCUUAAACUAAUAAUAAAUUGGUCCAUUAGUCGAAUGCUGAUUCAAUGGCAGAAACAGCAUGUCUUGUAUUGCUUUUGACACUGCCUUUUUGAAGAGCUUGUGAAACAAAACACAGACAGAUCUGGAUCUUUGCAGUUGUUACGCCUUAAUUCUAUGAGGGGGCUGUUUAACACAGCUGUGGUGAGAAUGGGUUAAGAACUUGAUGCAUUUUUAAUUACAUGAAAUGUAUCAGUUGUUUACAUUCAUUUUUUGUUCUGCUGUUAAGCUCUUUAGUAAUAUAAAGGUCAUGAAAACACUACUAGCUUCUACAUAUAUAUAUAUAUAUAUAUAUAUAUAUAUAUAUAUAUUGGCAGAGAAGAGCAGAUAAUUCAGAUUUGUCUUACCUUUUAUGUGAAACAUAAAAUAAUAAUGCAAUUACAGACAAUAUUGGGCAAUCGGGAAAAAAUCCUACUAGGAUCAAAGGCAGGUAAACAAUGUAAUAUUAAAUGGAAAGUGACUUCAGCCAUCUUUUUGGACAUCUCUUGUCAUUGCAUGCAGAUGUUGCUUUUUUGGGAGGGUUUUCAAUUAUUAUGUUUUCUUAUGUUGUAUUUAUUUUAACAUUUUAAGUCUCUUAUUUAAGGAGCCACAAUUCACUGGGACUACUUAAACAAAAAGUAUACAUAUUCUGAAGGCUUUUUAAAAGCACCAAUACUUUUUUUUACGUCCAUAAUCACUUGUUGUAAUGAUAUAGAAGAAACAACUUAAUUGCAGGAAUGAGCAGGUUAUGGACUUUUCACAUUUUUAAAUCACUCAAUCUACAGUGUGCUUUUAAGAGGUUGGUUACUCUCGUGGUUCUCAAAGUUUCAGUGCCCACGUGCCUAUUAUAAAUAUUUUAAAUAUUGUUCUCAUUGAAUUCCUACAAGUGUGUCUCCGGUUGGUUGCCCAUGUUACGAUAUCUCAAAAGACGGUUGUACUGUUGGAUUUUGCACUGUAUGUUUGGGCAGUGUUCAAUGCCCUGACUGUAAAAGAUCAUCUGUAACCAAAUGUAUGGUAAUAUUGGAUGAUUUUAUGGUUACUGAUGAUUUUUUUUUUGCCUCAAACUGAAGAAUGUGCUGCUGUCUUGACAGGUUGCCUUUGUAUAUAACAUUGAUUUGAUUUCAAUUCAAUUGAUCUUAUUUGGGAAGCAAUGAGAAUCUACAAGAGCAAAGAACAAAUCUGUUUUGAAAAGAAGGCUUUAAAACCACAAGAUACAAGUUCAAUCCCAGUCUAUUGUGUAUUUUAGUGAGAAUGUGCAUUAAAGUAUUAUACUGUGUACAUAUAUUUAAUCCAUACAAUAUUGUACUUGUCUCUAGAAAUAUAAGAUAAUUAAUAAACAAUAUCUGUAAAAACAA